UGCAAUGGCUUAAGUGUCCACAUACUUUUGUGACUACUAUACUGUUUAUGAACUGUAGAUACAUUAUUUGAUACAAAUUAUUCACUUAUCACUGCUAUGCUAUGAAACAAGGCAAGUAAUAAGUUAACUAUUUCCUUAUCUUUUUUAACACAUUUUUUAACCACACUUCAACUGGGCUUUACGCAAUAACAGCAUCUGUGGAUUUCUCACACUAAACCAUUCACACGGUUUCUUUUGGUUACUUGUAUUCUUUUGUCGCUUAUUGACCCAUAGAAUUAAGUAGGUUACUGCAAUGAAUGUGAGGCUCACAAGUUUGCUGUUGACUUAUUUUUUCGUUUUGGCUCCGGCAAUGUAUUUUGAUUUGGGAGAACAGGAGGAAAAGUGUAUUAUUGAAGAGAUUCCAGAGGACACACUAGUGACAGGCUUCUUACUGCUAGAGUAUUGGGAUGUAAACAGGGCUAGUAACCCACACCUUGGUUUGACUGUCAGUGCGAGAGACCCACAGCAUGAGGUAAUCUUGUUGAAACGCUUUGGGAGACAAGGAAAAUUCACAUUUACGUCUCAUGCUUCAGGUCAGCAUUUCUUGUGUGUGCGAUCCAACUCCACAAGGUUUUCUGUGUUUGCUGGUGAACGUUUGAAAGUACAUUUAGAUGUCCAAAUGGGCAAGCAUACCCUGGAUCCAAAUGCUGCCAAGGCAAAAGACACAAUAAAAGCAAUGGAGUACAACCUGCAACAUCUCAUUGACCAGAUGUGGUACAUUAGCAGGCAGCAAGAUUUCCAGAGGGAACGUGAGGAGACGUUUCGCCAAAUGAGCGAAGAGACGAAUGGAAACGUUUUGUGGUGGGCUAUUAUUCAGACAUCAAUACUUCUCUCUGUUGGGUUCUGGCAAAUGAAAAGCCUAAAAGACUUUCUCAUUGAAAAGAAGUUGGUUUAGCUUCAUAAAAUAAGAAGAUGUGUGUUUAAACAAAUGCCACCCUGUUUGAAACAUUGGAAUGUAGGCUUAGUGUCUCAAUGAUCUCA